GACUGCUAGUGAUGUGGAGAAAAAAAUUUAAUGAGUACUCAAACAUUAAAAAUUAUCACUGGGAAAUUCAAUUAGUUCGUUGGGCUUUUCGGAGUGUCGGUGUUUGGCCAGAAGUCGGAAGAGCAAAUGGAGUUAAACUUUUCAUUAAUCUGACAAUAAUAAUUGCUAUUCUCUUCAUCCCCCAAAGUUAUACUCUUUUUCUCGCCGACAAUUCGAAUGAAUUAUGCUCUGCCAUCGCUGGUCUCCUCCUCCGGACUUACAUAAUAACUGCAAUGAUUCUCUUUCGGUUAAAAUCAAAAGUACGCCAAUCGAUUUUGUCAGAAAUGAAAAUAAAUUGGUCGACUCCUUUCACUCAGCAAGAUACCAAAAUAAUGCAGUAUUACGCUGGAUUAUCAAGAAAAAUUGGAUUGAUUAUGAUUGUAGCACAAAGUAUCAGCCUGUACUUCAUAAUUUUGAAUCCCCUGGUGGUCUUAGCUGUUGUCAAGGAAAAAAAACUCACAGAAUUAUCUUUUGUGUCGCACAUACUCUCUCUAUCUAAUGACUGGAUUUUUGCUGGAUUCUACAUAUGUGCAAUAGUACCUAUAGCUAUAUGUAGGAUAAUAAUGGUUGGAGCCGAUCUUUCUUACGUGACAUUUUGUCUUCAUACUUGUGGACAAUUGCAUAUUCUUGGCAACAGAAUAAGAGAAUAUCAAGGAAAAAUCCGUCAUUCAUCUGGAGAUGACAUUCUGAGAAGUUGCUCCUGUCUCAAAUGCAUUGUCGAUUCACACGCCCAAAUUUCCCAAUUUGUCCACAAAAUUGAUAAUUAUUUCAAUAUUGUUAUUCUUCUACACUUUACUGCUCUCAUGAUGAUGCUAAGCUCUGGUGCAGUGCUUAUUUUAAAGUGGUUUCUCGCUGGAUUGUAUAAUGAAAUGGGUCUCUAUAUCACCUUUCAAUUGUCCGCAUUCAGUAAAAUAUUUUUGUACUGUUGGUCGACAGAAAAGUGCCAACAGGCAAGUGAUGCUCUAAAUGAAAUAUCGUAUUCCGUCGAUUGGUCGACGAAAACUGGAAACGUCAGGAAAAAUUUGAUUCUCAUCAUUCGGCACUCAAGGAUUCCAUUUAAAUUAACAGCGGGAAAAUUCUUUGUUCUCUCUCUCAAGUUGUUCAGACAGUUUAUCUUCACGGCGAUAUCGUACAUGUCAGUGCUGAGAGCUAUCACACGAGACCAUUGAAUUCUGCAAAAAAAGUGACUAAUAAAAAAAUUAUUUUAAUCAAUGAUCGGCAUGAAUAAUUAUUCGUGUAAUAUUUUAUAAAAAUGCAAGAUCUUUACAAAACAAAA